GUCUGUAUAAUCUAUAAAAGCAGUUGCUUCCGACUGCAUCCACCAAAAGCACUUCUCUUCGAUACCACGCGUGCUAUUUGCCAUGGACCACGGGUCCCCCUUCAAGGAGCUAGCACGCCUCAAGAACAGGAGGAAUGCGGGUGGGUUAAACAUGGUGACCAUGGCCGCACUACUCGUGGCCGCCAUCGCGAUGGCAACUGUUGUGCCAGUCACGAGCAUGGGCAUCACUGGUCAAGACCUAGAGUCGGAGGAGUCACUAUGGGAUCUCUAUGAGCGCUGGUGCGCGUUCAAUGAGGUGGCGCGUGAGCCCGAUGAGAAGUUGAUGCGCUUUAGCAUCUUCAAACCAAAUGUGCGCUUCAUUCAUGAGAAUAACCAGGGCGACGCGCGCUCCAAGCUCGGACUCAACAUUUUCGCCGACAGGACCCAUGCCGAGCUACCCAAAGUCGAAGCUGAUUGCACCUCGGCGGGCCACCUCCCGUACCACUUCGAUUACAUGCCUCAUACCGCAAUCACCAACGAGGACCUCCCUGACCGCGUUGAUUGGUGGGACCACCACGCGGUGACAAGCGUCAAGAAUCAAGGGCAGUAUUGCGGCGCAUGUUGGGCCUUCGUAGCCGCUGGCGCUGUGGAGGGCAUAACUGCUAUCAAGACCGGCAAGCUGGAGGAUCUGUCGCCGCAGAUGCUCGUCGACUGCGACAAAGCUAACCUUGGUUGCAGAUGUGGCGAGUCGUGGCGAGCCUUGGAUUUCAUAAAAAAGAACCGUAUAGCGACAGACAGGGCUUACCCGUACGACGGCAUUCAGCGUCGGUGCCACAUGAGGGCGGAUGGCCUUUCCCGCUUUGCUUCCAUAGAAGGGUUCCAUGUAGUAUACAGCAGCGAGAGGGCCUUGAUGGCGGCGGUGGCGGUCCAGCCCGUCAUAGUGGAAAUCGGGCUCGACAUAUACUUCCACUAUUACAGCGAGGACAUGGGCAUGUACACUGGUCCGUGCAACAAAACCAUCACCCACGCCGUCUUGGUGGUCGGCUAUGGCACUGACGCAUUCCUACGAAGAUACUGGAUCUUGAAGAACUCGUGGGGCACCAAAUGGGGUCAUGCAGGGUACAUGUACAUGGCGCGCGAUGUGGGAGGCCCUCAGGGCCUAUGCGCCAUCCUAUCCUUCCCGAUCGUUCCGGUGUGGAGACCUAAGCACGCCUAG